AUGAGUGCCCGGAAGCUGCGCGAAGCGAUAAAAACAACACCUCGAGCUUUUGAAAAUGAGCACGAGUAUCUUCGACAAUAUGUAGAUCCAGUCCUGAUGCCACUCAUUGAGUCGCUUUUGCUUUAUCAACCAGAAAGCGUCUAUCAUUUUAUCCACGACUUUGUAGACGAGAGCAAGAGUACCCGCUUCACACACCGUUCCAAGAGUGUAGGCUACGCCAAGAAGCUCACCACUCGCCGCAGGAUGGCGGAUUUUAUGUCAACCAGCGUAAUUCCUAUCAUGGAUGAUCUGGCCAAACAAAUACUACGCGAGAAGCCAUACUCCGUCAAAGUUGCGGCACGUAUUUUCGUUGAGCUGAAAGAAACUUCAAAAGAUAUGUCAAAUCGACUUACAGCCACUUUGUUUAAUGUAAACGACCGCGUCUUGUGUCGGUUUAAAGGUCGACCACGAUAUUUACCCGCCGUUAUCACUGAAGUUAAUGAGAAUGGCAAUUUUACAGUCUUGUACGAUGAUGGAAAGUUGGAAAGCAAUGUUCAUUCAAUGUGCCUAAAACAGUGCAUCAAUGACACAAUAAAAGACGCAGACAAUCAAGAAAUACCGAAAGCCACUCGCUUAAUAGAUAUGGUACUUCUGAUUAUUGGAGUCGACGGGGCUGGCAAGACGACACUGUUAUCCACUUUGCAAGGAGAUUUGGAGAAAGAACAUGUGCCAAGUGCUGGCUUUACCUCGGUAACAUUUCAGACAGAGACAGGGUCGGCUACUUUCUUUGAUCUUGGAGGCGGUCCAGCGUUUCGCAACGUGUGGAAGGAAUAUUAUGCUGACGCUCACGGUGUGAUAUUUGUCGUUGAUUCAUCGAGUGAGAGCUCUGUGCUUCAGGCAGCAAAUGUGCUCGAAGCCGCAAUGACAAAUGAGCUUAUGAUUAACAAGCCGUUGCUCGUUUUCGCCAAUAAACAAGAUCUUGCUGAUGCAAUAGCAGAGUCAAAGAUGGGAGAUAUACUGCGUAUAAGCAAAUCAUUCAAUUCCAAGAUCGUUCCGUGUGUAGCCAAACCAGCAGUGUACGGUCGAGUAGACGAACGAUUGGAAGCAGGACUUCAGUGGCUUUUCAACCAAGUUCACAAAGACUAUGAUAGUUUAUUCGAGCGUGUCCAAAGGGAUCUUGCUCAAAAAAAAAAGCUCGAUAAACAGCGACGGAAAGAACAGCGCGCGCGGGUUACACGUUGGAAAGAAGAACGUGAGCUUAGCCAGAUGUGUAUGCACGACAAAGUGAUUUUGGGCGAGGACCACGUUUUGUCGUUUAUACCGGUUGUCGAAAUGCCUGAAGACGACGUCAUAUACUGCUCAAACUGCAGCACGGUACCAGCAGUAACAAAGUGCUCAGCGUCGAAAUGGAUGCCUGUUUGCGAGACCUGUGCAACCAGCCUUAAGAAGCAAUGUACGUUACGUGAAGUGUGA